UGAAAGUUCUUUCGCGUUUAAAGAUACUGCAGCUCGGCGCAUCGAGGUGACAUUUUCCGUGGAUGUUACCUGCUAUGGACUGUGCUUCGUUUGUUUGUUUGUUUGUUUGUUUGUUUGUGGCCAUCGUUGUUUGACUAUGUUGUUUGAAAAGAGUUGGAGAUGCAUUCGGAAUGAUGGUACACUAAUAUGAACGCGGGUUUUUUUCUCUCGUGGGAUAGAUAACUUGCACUUAAGCGCGCAGGGGUUUACUUUGCUUGGAUCAUUCCAACCACCUGUAACUGUCUCAAUGGCAACUAUGUCACCUCAGCAGCAAAUAAACAUCGACCAGAAUCGAUCUUCAUCACUGACAGACGAAACAAAAAUGUAUGCGCAUUUGGAUAACAAGAGGAGGAUGAAGGCCCUGUCCUGUCGCAGGCAGUCGGCACCUUCCACGGUCAUCAGCAAAGCACUCACCAGAUCCAGAACCAUGUCCAGGGAGAACUGCCUGUCUCCAGUCAGCCCAGAGACCUGCCUGUUGGUGCAGUCUUACCUGACACCGUCCCGCAGGUUCAUCUCGCAUGCCUAUGCCCAGCUGAAGACUGGUCUGCAGGUUCAGGACAGGCACCUGUUCCUUUUUACCGACAUCCUGCUCAUCAGCAAGGCCAAAUCUUCUACAAACUUUAAGAUGAAAGCACAGGCGCGUGUCUGUGAAAUGUGGACAGCAGACUGCAUGGAAGAAGUGUGUGAGGGAAGUACCAGCCUUGACAAAAGCUUUGUCAUAGGUUGGCCCACUUGCAACUGUGUGGCCACAUUCAGCUCAUUUGAACAGAAAGAGAGGUGGCUCUCCCUAAUAAAAAGUCGAAUAAAAGGGGAAAAAGAAAAGGAUCACCCCAAAACCAUCCCUCUAAAAGUGUAUGCAAAGGACAUGGGGAACUUUUCAUAUAAAACCCUUGCCGUGAGUAAUUCUGACAACGCUAAUGAAGUUACUCGUUUGGCACUGCAGCAAUUUGGCAUCGUGGGCUGUGUAAAGGACUAUCAACUGUGGGUGAGUUCCAGAAAAGACAAUGCCCCUUACCCUCUCAUUGGUCAUGAGUUCCCUUUCAGUAUACAGAUGAGCCAUAUAAGAGAGCCCUUGGAUGAAACUGGUGUCAAAAGUGAAGCUGAUACUUCUCCUGACAGACAGGUGGAGCUACUCUUUGAUCAGUUACAGUCAGAUAGUCAGUGCCAAUUCAUCCUUAAGCCAAGUCGGGUUGCUGUGGGCCACUCUUUUGUAGUUGAUCCAGAUCAGAAACCAUUCAAAAGACGACGGUCGCUCAUCAACUGGGCAUUUUGGCGUGGCUCCACCACUCAGCUGGAUGACCCGCCUUUAUUCCCCUUUCCUCCUGCAACUGGUAGGCUCUUUGGCCUGCCACUUAGUGUGGUGUGCAAGGAAAACAAGCUUCCAAAACCCAUCAUGGACAUGCUUGUGUUUCUCUUUCAAGAGGGGCCUUUCACAAGGGGAAUCUGGCGUUCUGCUGGGGCCAAGGCUUGUAGGGAGCUGAGAGACAGGCUGGAUUCAGGAAUCCAGGACAUUCAGUUCACCCGCCAGUCUGUCUUUGUGAUUGCAGCAGUCUUCAAGGACUUCCUGCGGAGCAUACCGUGCAGUCUGUUAAUGUCAGAUUUCUACGAGAAAUGGAUGGCCACCAUGGAUGUGUCUGAUGAGGCAAACUACAACCAGCUGAAGAUCAUUAAGAAACUGGCGGCCUCUCUUCCCCCGGAGAACAUCCUCCUCUUAAAGCAUGUGUUGGCCGUACUGUACAGCAUCCAGCUCCGUGCUCAAGACAACCAGAUGAACGCCUUUAACCUAGCUGUCUGCAUCGCCUCCCAGCAUGCUCUCUUCCCAGCACCCAGCAGCCCUGAGAUGGAGGGAGAAGGUGCCAAAAAGGUCUGUGACUUGGCACGGCUGAUGAUUGAAAAUUGCAUAGAAGUAAUGGGAGAAGAUGUGACCACACUAUUUGAUGGUUAUCCUCAAAGAUGCAGCACAGAUUCAGAUGUGUCCUCUUACCAGAUGACUGACUCAUCCUAUGACAGCCUUGAGAAUGAGCUGAAUGAUGACUCUGGAUCACCCUUCCAACCCACACAAAGGUCAUGGGGAAACCGAGACAGUUGUAGCCGCGACUCAGUCCUCACUUUGAGUGACUGUGACCUUGAUCAACCUGACACAGACCCAGACAACAACCCAGCAACACCCCUUGCCCCCCCCCCUGUACGCUCUGGAAAAAGAGCCCCAGUGGUGAGCCCAUGUUCUCUUCACCCACUUUUCACCGCUGAGGUGCUCAAGGGAGUUCGUCAGCAGAGGCGCUGCUCCGAGCCUGCCAUCUGGAACUCAACCUCGUCAAUAAGCAAAUACCUGGAGGCUAGUACAAACCGAAAGGGCAGUUACGACAGUGUGAAAAGCCCAGGUAGCAGUGACAUAGACAAAAUGUUUGUCAAGCAUUUGAACAAGCUGAAACUGCAGAAGCUGGGAAGCCCCAGUGAGAGGGAUCACAGUGAGAGGAAUGCUCCCCAACAACAAAAAGAGCAAUUUAAACCACCUCCUCUGCAUCUUGAAACCAGCUACUCAAGUCUUUACUCUCCUAUGGCUUCACCAACACAUUCUUCAGUCAGCUCCCUGGACAGUGCAUUCUCUCAGCACUCAGCUGACAUGGCCAAAACUAGCCCCCGUCUUGUACCCAGCUUCAAAGCCUCAGUGGAUAUUUCUCCCCAGUCACCUGGCAUUGCGUCCUUAGCUUCACCUGGUCCAACAAUCCCUUCUCCUAGGGAAUCUCCACCUAAAGAGAAAUUUGACUGGAGUCAUUUGAGAAACACACAUGGGCUGCAUCCCAACACCUGGCUAAAGAAAGACCACAGACUCUCCCUGUCUAAAGACAAAACUGGUCUGGAGGAUGAUGACAGUGGUAAUCCGCACCACCAGUGUGAUAACUCUUGUAAUGCAGGCCACAUCAGGGAGAGAAGUCCAGAGUUUAACUUAACAACUCCUAGGAAAAGACAUACCAGUCCGCCAACAUAUCAAGAAGCUUUGCACCAGAUGCAGCGCAGCAUGUCAGUUUAUACUGGCUCAGAGAAACCACUAACAGUGAAAGAACUGAGAGAGCUUCACAACCAGGCCUGCUCAGGGCAUAAGACAACCCCAGUAAGCAGGAAGAUUCAGAAGAGCAGUACAACAGGAAAAGACAACAGCAGUCUACCACAGUCUAUGUUUUAUGGCCAAGGUGCACAAUGCUUAGCCUUAUUAAGGCAGAAAUCACACUCCCUCAUUCCUGUAGAAGAGAGGUCCCACAUACAUCCUUCCACUCUGCGUCGAGCAUCUGAACCUGGACAGAGCUGUCUGCUGCUAGAUAAGGAGUUCUCAAAGAGCCUGGAGUGUCUACGUCACCAGGCCAUAGAAAAACAAGACAAAGAUUCUUCCUCCCACACACUCAGACUCAAAGUGUCCGAUGUGGAGUCACAUGACAAGGCUAGUGCACCCCAGUUUUGUUUGUCACCUGCUGCCUCCAAGGCCGUAAGAGACUAUUUCUCUUGGCAUGGAGGUGAUGAUACCCAGAAUAAUCUGAAGAAAAGUCAGGAAGUGGCAAUGGCUGUUGUCCAUGGCAAACGUGAGUGGAUGAGGCGGUGCAGUGACCCUCGAAUGGAGGACAUGGAAAAAAUGUUUUUUGCAGAGGAAUCUUACGUUUAAGUUACUGGUCUCCAAGGCAGUGCUUCCUAAAAUCAGUGUUAGAUUGAUCAAAUUCAGUGUGUUGGAUAAUGAAAAACAUAUCUGCAGAAAACUAGAUUAUGUAAAACAUUGCUCUAAGAAUUAUGCAUGGAAAGCAUUGAACGUGAAACCCAUUUUGUAUUUAUUCCACUGCUUCCCUGUAAUUCUUUACAUCACCACAUCAGGUUUAGGCAGGCCAGUCUUAAAUGGUAAUUGUAAUGAUUAUUAGUUGCACUAACUCAGUUUCAGAAUUAUGAUUUAAAUGCAAUGCAUUUAUAUGAAGUGUAAUUAUUCACAUUAGGUGUUUGCGUUUAUUUACUGAUUAAAUAAAAUUAUGGUAGGUAAAAUAAAUAUAGAUAUAUGCACAAACAUAGAAGCUUAUUAAGGCAGAAAUCACACUCUCAUUCCUGUAGAAGAGAAUUCCUGUGUAAUUAACUGGCAGAUUAACAUCUUUAGUGUUUGUGUGUUCUUAAAACAAGGUGGCUUCUUAAUUUAAUGCUCUGCCACCAGUAACCUUUGCAGUGUAUAGCUCUUCAGGAGUGGGCUUUUUUCACACAGUUCAUUCUUUUACCUUACUUUAAAUUGACAUACUACAAUUUAAUUAAUUCGGAAGUGAUCUAAACAAGGUUGCAAAUUAGGUUGAUAUUUCAUUAAAUUAGUGAUAUUGAAAUAAUUAAUAUAAUGCUUGCUAUUGAAAAUUAUAGAUGUGUAGCUAUGUAAUUAAUCCUUAAUGUUCUGCGAGAAAAAAAUAAUUGUGAUAGCAAAGUGCCAUCUGCUUUAUCAAAUGUAAAUUUUAAGUAUCAAAACCGCUAGUAUAUUUUCAUUAUAUUUCAGGGAGAAAUUUAAGGCAAAUAUAAGACAUUACAAAAUCAAUACUUAUAGAAGUCUGUGACAUAUUUGAUGUUAAUUUGCUAUUUGAUAACUGUUCCUACAAAGGUAAAUAAGACAAGGAUGUUAUGCACAGUAAAAUACUCUUUGUUUUUAUAUUUAUGUAUUUAUGCUGUAGACAUAUAUUUUCUAUAUUUUAAGACUGAAUUGUUGUGAAGUGACAGUGAAUGAAUAUUGAUGUAUAUACAAAGUAGAAAAAAAUCUAAAAGUCUUAAUUUGCAGAAUAUUUUUUUUCUAGAAUAUAGCCAUCAACCCUUUGUACAUGUAUUACCUUGUAGGAUGGUGAUUGUAUUAGAGGUCUUCAAAAAAUACUGUACCUGUUUUUAUGAUGCAUAUAUUUGUUUUAUUAUGCUUCACAUAGUGUCUAAAGGCAGUAAUGCAUUUUUUCUGUCUUUGCUGCUGUCUCAUAUUUUCAACUGCAAAGGACGAUAGAUCAUUUUAUCUUGAGGUUUAUAAUGGUCAUAAUAAAAUGUCACAUUUGUGAUGAUCUGCAGAAUGUAGAAAUAUCGUAUUCUCACUUACAUCUAAUCAUUCUAAUCACAUUUCAGAUCAUGUCAGUUCAUAGAGUAAUUAUGCUGCAUUACUUAGAGAUUUGCGUCUUGUGGUACAUUAUCUUUCAAUAUUAUUUACUACACUCAAAACGUGAAGUGUAAAUCCAAUGAACAAAAAGCUUUUAACAUUAUGUAAAAAUGUUUUUUUGCUCUAGUCCUGGUAAUUCUGAACCACACCAGAUUUCAACAUGUACCAUGAUACCAGGUCUUCAACAUGUAGAUGUCUGUGACUUUAUUAUUUUUUUAAGUCAUACUUGUCCUUUAAAGGAAUUACAACAUUGCAGGAAUUACA